AUGUCGACUCCUUUACCGGUCUCUGCCCUUCCGAAAUCCGAAAAACGUGCCACAUCGACGGCGUUCAUGGCUCGUCUCCUCGGCAAAGGCAAAGAUUCCAUCGAGGAGAAAUCAAAAAACGGUUCAAGGCUAAACGGUAACCCGAUCUGUCAGCCGUGCGCACUUACAUCGGAUCUACUAAUAACUGGUCACGCGCCAGUACCAGAGGACCUCGCCCCAGCAAAGAAAAGAAGUGCCGCCGAACCAUGUGGGAUUUAUCCCGUAGAUGAGACUCUUCAGGCUCAACUAGAAAAUGUCAACUAUUUUGUGAAAUUACCAUCGAGGGAACUUUUGGUUCGAAACCUGCUUGCCCAAGCCGAAGGAGCAUUUGUCGUACGAUAUUCGGAAUCGAAACGACGAUGUCUGGCGCUGAGCGUUCGUGUACCACCCACGCACAACCCGGCAUGCAUAUCGCACUACCUGAUUGUCAGGAAUCAGCACGGAUAUCGAAUUAAGUUGCGACAGCAUUUUCCAUCGCUCCAAAUGCUUAUCACCCAUCACUCAGUCAUGCCGGAAAAGUUGCCGGUGGCGUUGACGUUCGUUCAAUGGAAUGCAUCCGAUUGGGUGGAGACCUACGAUAUGCACACCGAUGACUUCACACACACGUUCUCGGACACAGAUGAGAAUAGAUUCGAAUACUACCAAGACAACGAGCGUCGAAUAGAAGACUUCGUGACGCCGAAGAGACGUUCACGCAUCUAUCUAGACAGCUAUCGGCAUUCCCGUUUUAUCGACAUCGCCUAA